AUGGAACGCCUCUCGAUCAACGAGCCCCCCGCCGGUGGCCCUCAGGGCAAUGCGCCGCAGGGAUUCCCGCCCCAGAACAACAACACCCUCGGACCCAUGACGCAUGGUCCCCCGCAGCUGCCGCCGCAGAUGUUCACCACAGCGGCUCAAUUAUUGGAUUUGACCGACAAGAAGCUUGUUUUGGUCUUGCGUGACGGAAGGAAGUUGAUUGGCGUCCUGAGAAGUUGGGAUCAGUUCGCCAACCUCGUUCUCCAAGAUACCAUCGAACGCCUCUACUCGGGGAAUCUGUACGCCGACAUCCCGCGCGGCAUCUUCCUUGUCCGUGGCGAGAACGUAUUGCUUCUCGGAGAGAUUGACCUCGACAAAGAAGACGAUGUGCCCCCUCACCUCCAACGAGCGUCGUUCCAGGAAGUGUUCGAAUUGAAGAAGCAAGAGGAGAUCAAGCGCAAAUCCAACGACAAGAAGCGACACGGCAAGUUACAGACCUUGGGAUUCGAGCCAGAACACAGCGGGGAGAUCUUAUUCUAG